AUCUCCGUGAGCGCCGCUAGGGGGCAACAGUGACUCAACGAGCUGCAAACUGCGUCAUCGCAAUCCCGGAAGUAGCGAAGAAGCGUAGUCUGGCUGCUGUCCUCGACCAAAAACCGCAGGAGCUCGUGUUUGGAUGCUUAAACAAGCAGGCUCAGCUAGCAUUACUCUUGGUUUCCAUGGCGUCUCCAGGAGGACAAGGAGGAGUUUUGUCCACAAGGGGAGCUACGUCCAGGAGGAUGAAAUGGGCUCUGGAGCUGAGUUUAGGCAACACCAGGUGUCGUGGUGAUCGUCAAGCCGGUCAAGGAGACGUCGUUUAUCCAAUCGGAUAUUCUGAGAAACCAGUCCCUGAUACCAGCAUUCAGGAGACUGACAAGAACCUGGUGGAGAAGCGAUGCUGGGACGUGGCGCUGGGGCCCCUAAAGCAGAUCCCCAUGAACCUGUUCAUCAUGUACAUGUCGGGAAAUACCAUCUCUAUCUUCCCUAUCAUGAUGGUGUGCAUGAUGGCAUGGAGGCCCAUACAGGCGCUCAUGUCCAUGUCUGCAACCUUCAAGCUGUUGGAGAGCUCCAGUCAGCAGUGGCUUCAGGGUCUUGUCUACCUGGUGGGCAACUUGCUGGGCUCGGCGCUAGCCAUCUACAAGUGUCAAUCAAUGGGGCUGCUGCCCACACACUCAUCUGAUUGGCUGGCCUUCAUAGAACCUCCUCAGAGGAUGGAGAUAAUGGGCGGAGGGAUGGUCCUGUGAAUGACAUAACUAUUGUCGUCAAUGUAUGACCGAUGGAGGCUUUGCCGUGCUGACGAUGGUGAAGAUUUUUUUUGUGAUAAAUGAGCAGCUGGUUGUAUGAUGUGGCUUUCUGCACACCCACUUUUUUUUUUUGCCUUGUUUUUUGGACAGCAACACUGAUGUUCCAGCACUUAAAGGGACGGUAUGCAGCAGGUUCCUCAUGUGGCAUGAAGGCCACACAGUCAGGAGAUUGGGCGUGCAUGUGUGGGUUUCCUCCCACAUUCCAAAAACCCUAGUGAGGAUAAGCGGCAUAGAAAAUUGAUAGAUAGUAUAUAUAGAUAAUAAGAUAGAUACUUUGUUCAUUUCCAUGAGACAUCUGCCUUUUCCUGCUUUUGAGUAUGCCACAGUAACACACACAGUUAUGUUUGGUGUCGGUUAAUGAUAGCGAAUUGGCAAAGUUUAGCUAGUAUCAGUCAUCAUUGAAUGUAAAGCCUCAUAACAUCAUAACAUGACUGUACGUUGUUGAUCCCCUAUCUGAGGAUACUGUACUAGCAUACAGUCCCUUUAACACCACAGUUGUGCUUUGCUUUCAUGUUUUGAGUGCAAACCACUUUACAUGAAAUCAUGUUGAUUUUUUUUUCAGCCAUUAGCAUGAUUUUAGCAUUCAUGUCACAAACCUGUUUAAUUUAUAGACCUCUUGUAAUUUAUACUUAUUUCCUUAACAGAAAUAAAUCUUUACUGACUUCAAA